CAAUUUUCUAUUUAACAGAAAAUAUGUCUAUAAAUUAUACCGCAUAUUUCUUACAAGCACUUCUAGUGGUUAGUUUGAUUCGUGAUUCCAUUGAAAUCGCGGAUGAAAGAUGUCAUAAAAUACCAUUAAUUAAGAAUUUUAACAUCAAAAGGAUCACUGGUCAUUGGUAUGGUCAAGAAAUAGGAGAUCUCGACGGUAACGAAAGCUCAAAACGAUGUUUACAUUACUUUACAACUCUUGAUGAACAGAACUCGAAGACAACAGUUAUUGGGUUUAGAAUAUUCAAUGGGACGAGUACCAUUGGGAAUGUUGAAAUGUUUAAAGCACACCAAGUAAAUAAUUCUUCGGAAUUUUUGAUAGAAUGGAUGGAGGGUCAAGCAAUACUAAGUGAUUGGCUAAUUGGAACCGACUAUGACACAUGGUCGGUGUAUUAUAUUUGUCGACCGGAACAAGUUGAUAGAGGAGAUAUGUUUAUUAUAACAAGGGCUAGAAAUCCGUCAAAUACUACGCUGGAGAUAGCACGCAAUUCAGUUAAAAAAUGUGGAUUGAAACUGCCAAAUUCAUAUUUUAAACGAAUCGAUCAGUCCGACUGUGUCUAUUGAGUUUCGGAUUAAUAGAUAAAUAUAUUAUUUGUUAAUAAAAAUUGUUAAUAAAUAUGUUAAUAAAAAUAAAUGUCAGUAUCAAAUA